AAUGGUGUAGACCUACUGGAGAACGUUGAUGCGUAUGCGAUUGUCUACGCAAUAGAUGAUCUUGAGUCAUUUGAAUUUGCGCGCCGUAUCCUCGCCCUAUUGGUUACACACGUGGUGCCUGAUCUACAUAGUGGAAUUGGCGGGUUGGCAAGCUAUGGCUCUCCUUCCAUCUCUGUUCUUGGCUCCUCCAGCUGUCCUGUAACCGGCGGAACAGGCAGCAGUGUUGGUUGUGGUGGAGGUGGUGGUGGUGGGGUUGCUGGCGGAGUGAGCGUAAGUCUUCGGGCCGCGGUUUCAUCCCGCAAUAGCAGUGGCGGAGGUGGAGGUGUUGGUGCUGGUGGACCAGGGAACAAUAAACUGGGCACCAAUAUUUUUCUAGUUGCCAACAAGUCAGACUUGGUUCGAGGGCGACAAGUGAGCCAAGAAGGCAAGUGUAGGAUUGAUUGGUAA